AAUGUGUGUGUGUGUGUGUGUGUGUGUGAGACAGGAGGAGUUCCGUGUGGAUCACGGUGUUCAGCUGUUGAAGGUCAUCGAGCGCGUGUUCGCUCGGAGGAUGAACAGCCCUGAAGGAUCAUGGGAAGUGUACCUCAGCAAGCCGACACACCAACAGCACCAACUACUGAUGAACGUGGUGUCUGAGCACGGUGUCAUAUCCACUAAGGAGUUGCUCGGCAUGCUGGGAGAGAUCCGGAGGAUGCUGACUCAGCUGGGUGUCCAGAACUACAGCUCUACCAGCAGCUGUCAGUCUCGUCCCAGUCAGACCCGCAGUGACUACGGGAAGCUGUUUGUGGUUCUGGUCAUCAUUGGCUCCAUGUGUCUGGUCAUCAUCACAUCUGGAUUCAUCUACAUCUGCUGGCAGAGACGGCCACCGGCCACCAAGACCACGGUGGGUCAGCAGACGAGUACUCCUACUUCACUGGAGUAUUCACAAGUACUUUAGAAGUACUCCACUACAUCUCAGAGGACUUCAUUUUUAAAACACUGCGUAUUUGUAACGAUUCAUAAUUAAAACAGAUGAAUUUACUUUCUUUUAUUUUUACUGGAGUUAAACAUCUAAAGUACUCACUCUAUCAAAAUAAAAGCAUUUGUUUGACUUCCAAAAAAGCAAUAAUUACGUUAAUAUUAUGUUAAACACGACAUGUUGAGGAUCUGAAGCCUCUUUUAGAUUCAUUCUGAUUGAACUGUUCACUGUUUUAUUUCAAUGUUUUUGAUCGAUU